AUGAAUGAUGAGUUAGUUAAGUUAAAAAAAGAAAUCCUAUAAGACACUGAAUUGUAAGCUAAGAAAUAAAGAUUUGCAUUAUUUUCUUCUCCAGUCCCACUUGGAUUAGGAGAUGACAGUUAUGAUUUUAAAAAGAGACGUAUAUUUUAUAUUAUUUAUUUUAUAGCUCCUAGAGGUGAGAAUGGGAAACCCAUCACUUAAUUAACUAAUGUUAAAAUUGGAGCACCUAAAAGUGGAAGAAUUAAGAGUUCUUAUUUUAGUUAAGUUUCUUUCACUUCUAUUGGUGAUCCUUAUACUGAUCCAUAAAGAAAAGAUUUAUAAUAUGAAUUAGAAAAGACUAAAAAGAUUUUAUUUAAAGAUUAACCAUUCAAGCCUGCAUCUGGGUAUAAAGAAUUACUUGGAGGACCUUGGCCUCAUAUAAAAGAGUUUGAUAUGAAAAGGACUAGAAACUAUAAAACUGCUGAUGGUAGAGUAUGGUCAGCUCCUCGUAAUAUAACAACAAAUCCUGCCAACAAAGAUUUAUCAAAGGGAUACCCACAUUUAAAAGAUGAAUAUGAAAGAUUUCACUAAUAUUAAUUGGUAUAUAUAUUGUUUCUAUCAUAGAAAUUAUAAAUGGAAGCUAAAAGAAGGGAAAAGGAAGUAGCUUUUAAGACAACUACAGCAGGAGGAGAGAAUUUUAAUAAAGACAAAUAAGUUUUUGGAUUUGAUGGAAAAGCACCUCCUCCAAACAAACUAAAGCCUCAUGAUAUGCAUAUAAUGAAACAUGAAUAAAAUUUCAAACCUGCUAAUCCAGGUAAAUAAGGUUUUGAAGGAGAAUUUGAAUAAAUUACUUAUAAACCUGAUCCAAUAAAACCAUCAAAAAGAAAAGAAUGGCCUAAAGGAAAAGAAUAAUUCAAGCCUAACAAUUUAGGUUCAUUAACAAGACCAACCCCAUCUAUAACAUGUUUCAAAUAGAAUAUUAGAAGAGCUAUGAGUGCCAAAGGAUUCUGA